UCCAUUUUCUCUCCUCUCUUAGCAUGUCAAUUAUAGCUCUUUUUUAAAAAAAAGAACAUUUUAGUGAUUGCCCUGGAAUUUGCACUAUAUAUUUACAAGUAAGUUGAGAGAGCUUUCAAAUAAUGCUAUAACCGCUUCAUGGGUGGUGCAGAUACUUAUAACAGAAUAUUCCCAGUUGCUCCCUCCCAUCCCUUAUAACACUGCUGUCAUAGAGUUCACUUAUCCAUAAGCCAUGCUCAUCUGGUACAUUGUUGCUAUUAUUACCUUGGACACACUGCAUUUAUUUGUUUAUAUGUUUAUCCUGCCUGUCUUCCACCCUAGAAUGUAAGCACUACAGGUGCAGGAAUGGGUCUCUUGUGUCUACCCUUGGAGAGCCAGGGCCUAAAACAAUGCCUCGCACAGAGUGGUACUCAGUAAAUAUUUGUUCAGUGAGCCUGGAAAUUUUGCUUUCGUCUUGCUUCUGUAACUUGAUGUGCUGUCUAAUACACAAACAAUGGAUGUAAAGCGAAGCUCCAGAGGUGUGUACAGACUGGAAUUCUUAUUGGCUAAUCCCUUGAUUGCGCAAAGCUUUCAAUUGGAAAGAAAAAGGCUGUAAAUCCUCGCUUAAUGCGCCCACAGCACUCCAGACGAGAGCAAGGCAGAGAGAAGGGACAUCCGUGAAACCAUCAUAGUAACUCCUGGUUCCUUUCUCAAAACAUCAGAGGCAAUCUCUCAAAUCUACAGAACACUUUGAUAGAUAAGACCUCGAGCCAGGAGUCAUGGCGGCCAAGCCCAAGCUCUGUUACUUUCGUGGCAGGGGCAGGAUGGAGUCAAUCCGCUGGCUGCUGGCCGCAGCUGGAGUGGAGUUUGAAGAAGAAUUUAUUGAAACAAGAGAACAAUACGAGAAGUUGCAGAAGGAUGGACGCCUGCUUUUCGGCCAAGUGCCUCUGGUUGAAAUGGACGGAAUGGUGCUGACACAGACUAAAGCCAUCCUCAGCUACCUUGCUGCCAAGUAUGACUUGUAUGGGAAAGACCUGAAGGAGAGAGUCAGGGUCGACAUGUACGCUGAUGGCACCCUGGACCUCAUGAUGAUGAUUGCUCUGGCUGCAUUUAAAACCCCUGGGGAGAAAGAGGAGAAUCUUGCUUUAGUCGUGAAGAAAGCUAAAACUUGUUACUUCCCUGCCUUUGAAAAGAUUUUGAAAGACCAUGGCGAGGAUUUUCUUGUUGGCAACAAAUUCAGUUGGGCAGACAUACAACUGUUAGAAGCUGUUUUAAUGGUGGAAGAACUCGAUGCUUCUGUUCUUUCUGACUUCCCUCUGCUAAAGGCAUUUAAAACAAGAAUCAGCAACAUUCCUACAAUUAAGAAGUUCCUGCAGCCUGGGAGUCAGAGGAAGCUGCCCCCGGAUAGCCACUAUGUGAAAACAGUCAGGAACGUUCUGCAGUUGUGAUGGCUGCAGGCCUUGUGAUGGCAGCAGGAAUGAUCCAGUCGCAGCAUCAGCAUGUGCCGCCAAUCAAAGCAAACCGUAGAUCUUAGGAGUAAAAUGUCUGGAAAGAAGAAAACCACAUGGCCAUCAAUAACAAAUCUCAUUAAAUGCAAUAUGAAACCGUU